CUUGGUCUUUGUCGAGAUCGAAUCGUGUGUCCUCUCUGUUUCAGUCUCCCUCAACCAUCAUCAGAUAAUAAAAUUGAGAUGAGUGAAACAAUGGAAUGCAAGUGUGGUAUGCCUCUUUGCAUCUGUGUUGCUCCACCCAAACCACAGGCUACACGGGCUCCUGUUACUCUUUCUCAGUCAGAUCCCAAACCGAAGUAUGAUACUUCAGCUAAAAGUAAAGGUUCCACUUCCAGCAGCAAUGCUAGACCAGAUAACCCUCAGAAAGAGUAUGAAGUCAGUGGGGAGGGAUUAAGAGAAGCAAUUAAGAAUGGUGACACUGCUGGUGUGAAAAAGCUUCUGAGUGAGGGCGUGGAUCCAAAUUACCAUGACAAGCAGGGAAUGUCAGUCCUUCAUUUGGCGGUUCUAUUCAACAAAACUGACAUUGCGUUGAUGCUAAUGGAACAUGGUGCCAACCUUGAGUAUAAAAAUGCACAAGGAGAAACACCACUAGAUUGUGCUCCUGCAACACUGCAAUAUAAGAUGCGGGAAAAGAUGAAGUCUACUUAAUAUGAAUUCAGGCAGGGUUUACAAAUCUUUCCUCAAAAGGUCUGUAAAGGGCUAAUCAAGGGUCAUGAUUCAUGAAUUUGCUUGUAAGACAUCAUCUUGACAUUCUGUGUUCAAUUUCUCGUCUUGUGUGAACUUUGAAACGUUCCGCUCUUGUAAGUCUUCUAUGUGUUAUCCGCUGAGUCAUUGUUGUCAAAAGUUACAAUAUCGUAACAUACAGAGAAACACAUCAUCAAUAGUUUUCAAGAAACAAGUGUAAUCAGUUAAUCACACUGUAAUCGAACAAAUCUCAAACAAGUUAAAG